AGUAGCAGGGGGCGCUGGGCGAGAGAGAGAGGGGGGUGCGCUAUUUGCGCAGAGAAGCGGCGCUUUGAGGAAAUUGGUGGAGGAGCGAAGUAUCGAUCCCAGGACAAUAGUAUCGAUCCGAUCCAAGUACUUGCUUAGUAUCGAUAAUAUCGAUAUUUGGAUCGAUCCGCCCACCCCUAGUCCCCGGACUUCCGCGUCUUUACAAUCUCAUGCAACAGGAUUGUCGACGUUAUCAACUACAUAUACAGUUUUCAGUCUGGUGGGACAAUGUUCGAGCAGACAUUUAAGAACUUCGGCAUUAAUUUCAACACCCUACAGGGACGGGACACGUUCUCCAGCGGAGAUCUGGUCACUGGACACAUCUCUUUCGAGCUGACCAAAGAUACCAAGAUCAACUCGAUAAUGAUGGAAGUCACCGGGAAAGCCAACGUCCACUGGUCCACUGGUGGGGGAGGAAGAAGGAAGAAAAGGAGGAGUAGGAGACAUUUCUCAGCUAAGCUUGAGUUCUUCACUCUCAGAAGCAUCAUCAUGCAAAAUAACAACGCUGUUGGUGGGCCCACCAAACUUCCACCUGGGUCCCACUUGUUUCCGUUCACAUGUCAGCUCCCACAUGGAGAUUUUCCAUCUCCUUUCCAAGGGCCCUGUGGGACUAUAAGUUACGACUUGACCGUGAGCAUCAACAGACCCUGGCACAUGUCAAAGGACUUUGGGGCAAAGUUGAAAUUUGUAAACCAGAUUGACACUAGCCAGCCAGAGCUGAGGGCUCCUCUCUCAGGCUCUAACCAGACUACACUGUGCUUCCUGUGGUGUGCCUCACCCCCUAUCACUAUGGCAGUCAACACAGAAAAGAAAGCCUUUGUUCCCGGUGAAACUGUUAAAGUAUUCUGUAACUUCAGUAACGGAUCAUCUCGAACAGCUACUCCUAAAUUGAAUCUGCUACAGAAGCAGGAGUACUACACCCACAACAGAGCCAAUAAAAGAUUAAUAAAUAAGACUAUGGCUUCAGUAAUUGGACAUCCAGUCAACCCUGGCAGCACAGACGUUUACACAGAGAUGCUUCUGACAAUUCCUACAGAUAUGCCAGUGACCAUCUCUAACUGCAGCAUCCUUGUCCUGAGUUAUGUAAUUGAGGCGACCCUGAGUAUGUUUGCAGCCCAUGACCUGACAGUGUUAUUUCCCAUCGUCCUCUGUGACACACCAGUUCAGACGCAAGUGCAAGGUUAUUAUUAGGUGCAUUAGCAAAAGAUCUGUCUUGAGUUGUUUAAAUAAACAACCAAAACACUUUGUAUCAUUCAAAGUAAAAUCAAAAGUAAACUCCUUCACCACAGUAUUUAGACUGACUAUAUAUAUAAAACUGUAUAUAUAUUAUCAUAUAUAUAAUUGGACCAUUUGCAAGUCUCCCUUUGGAUAACUUAAGACAUGACCUCUGCUCAAAAACAUGCCAUGAAACAUAUUUCCAGAUGAAUAUAUUUCAUACUAAAAAUGUCCAGUUUAAAUUGAGCUUGAACAUUGAUUGAUUUUUCUUUUAAAGUAUUGGUCUCGGCAAAUAAUUUAAUCUCUGCCAGUAUCACAGUUUCACUGAGGCAGCUCAAACAGUACCAAGUAACUACAAAGAAAGUUGUGGCUUAUAUUAUGCACACUCUGCAAAAUACCCAAAUGAAGGUAUUCAUACCCAUUUAUACUUUCAUUCAAACAAAUAAGGUGUAUUUUUAACAACACUACCCCUCCCCCCAACACAGUAGCCAUGGAAAUAUUUCUUGUGCGUCUUAGGUUAAAAGUGAAUGCAAUCAAAUCAAAUAUAAUAGCAAGCACUGCUCUAUGGUAGAAGGCAGACGUUUGUGUUGGCACCUGUUCAGAAACAAAACAGGCUUAUGAAUGUUAACAUGCUGGACCCUGUGGGUAACUUGUGUUUUUCUCUAGCAAAAAGAGAAAAUGUUAAUUUCCUGACGUUGGCGAUUAGCUUUGCAUUUAUAUUUGAUUUGAUUACAUUAAUUUUUAUGUUAAGAAAUGUUAAUCUUUACGUUUGUUAUUUUUAUGUUAAGAAUUGUUUCACUUCUGUGUAAACUGCCAUAUUUGUCAACCUACAUCAGUCUUUAAUAAUGCCAUUAGUCAAAAUAUUGUACUGUGUUUUACAAUUUGUGACUAAAGCUCUGUGAAUUGUUAUUUUCAGAGAUUUCAGAGAUUCAGAUUUUACAGACAGUAAUUCAACUGUUACACUGCAGCUGUGUUUUUUUAGAAAAGGAAGUUACAUUUUUAUGUUUUAAUAAUUUAUAAUAAUAUAAUAGUUACUCAUAUAAACUGAACAUACUUUAAAUGUACCUUACAUAGUAUGUUGGGGUACUAAUUAAAUAUAUGAAGCUACAGUAUGUCAAAAUGAGUCUACUUAUUGGGCACCUCUGAUUUAUAAUGAUUAAAUCGUUGCGUUUUUUUAACCUACAAAUAUUUUCUCAUCUCCACUGAAAGACAAGACAGUAUCAACAAGUUCUUUCAGUUGGUGCGAAAAAAAAAAAAUUGACUUCUCCCUAUAUUAUGUCAAAAUGUUUAUUUUUAUAUUACUACUAACACUCUACAGUAACUAGUGUUUUAACAGUGCUGCUAUCCUGUGAAAAAAUAUGCAAUUAUGUUUUUCUCAUGUUGUCAUUCAUCUCCAUACACAUUGUUAAAAACUCACUGUUUUGUUUAAUGUCACUGUGAAAAUACUCGUUGUAGUUUCUUUUUUUGUUUUGUUUUUGAGGGUCCGAUAAAAUAAGAAAACUUCAUUAUGUAACUAUGUCCAUUUGUCUCCUAUCGUCUAUGGCUUCACUGCGUCUUGUCCUGAACCUCAGUGCCUUUAAUUGACCAAACUGGUUAUUGAUAAUUGUGUGGCUCAUCAUUACCUCAGCAGCCUCUCUUUCUCUGUCAGUCCACCACAAAUAAAGGUUUUAACUAUUAUUACCUUUUCAUUUACUUUCUAAAUGACUUUGUGUUUUUUUCCUCUCUCUCUGAUGUCACUCACCCUGGUGACAAAUGUGUAAAAUCAUUGGUUGCUACAACUGUGUACUGUAUAAAAUAUAAACAACUGUGUUUGUUGCAAAUACAAAGACGUGCAUGCCACUCCAACUGCUCUGGUCCUUCACUGCUCUCUUUUAAUUCUUGUAACGCUACAUUUGUUUCACUGUGUAACAACACUUGGGAAACAUCUGUACUUAGUCCUCAGAUCUCCAACCAAAGUAUGUUAUUAAUAUUUAAUGUAGGGACCAUGACCAAUCACCCCGCCCAGAAAUUAUACUCACUCAUGAAUCCCUGUUUCAACAGGAAGAGUCAACACCAUUAUAAUGUGUUGCUGUCGGCAAAAAUAUUUUUGUUUUUGUUUCAGUACAAUUUAUCAAAUAAAUAUUUCUCUUUGUAAUCUU